GGGAACGCCUACUAGAGACCAAAAGUGGGCUAUUUGGCGACAUGCAGCGACACAUUCACUGGCGAACGACCGCCGGUGGAAAUGGUUUACUGUGUUCUCUUGUUCUGUGUGUGCUUGCGGCAUCUGGGUGAUGCCACAGAUGAAAUGAAAGCAGUGUCGGUGAUGGAGGGGGGUUCUAUUACCCUACACACCGAUGUUUCUGAUGUACAGAGAUGUUUCUUAAUUCAGUGGAUGUUUGGAAGCAUUCGGAUAGCUGAAGUCAACAGACUCACGCAAACCAACUCCACAUACGGUGGUCCUGAAGAAAGAUUCAGAGACAGGCUACAUUUGGACCAGGCUGGAUCUCUGACCAUCAAGAACACCAGGAACACAGACUCUGGACUCUACAGACUAACAAUUAUCAGCAGGGAGACCAGCUACACGACUUACAGUGUUGAGGUUUAUGAGGCUCUACACAGUUCUUCAUCACCAGAAAGUUCUUCAAGCUCCAAUUUUGUGUUAUCCAGUUGUGUUGUUAACAGUUCGGCCAUCAACAACACUAACAGUGCCAACGUUACUGAACUCCAGUCUUGCUCAGACCGCAUCCACUGUUGUGGUUUUACUGAAACUGUGAUCCGAUUGGUCGCCUCUGCUCUCGUGAGCCUGGCUGCUGUUUCUUUUCUGGUUUAUGACAUUAAAUCGACAAGAAACGAGCUGAACCGGAUGGAAGAGACUAGACUUAAGCAUCGGACACAUGGAUUGAAAUCAGACCAACAGUAUGAGCUGAGCAGAAGGAUAAGCUCCAGAUAUGUUUGUUGAAGGUUGCUGGUAUAAUAUAUUUUUUUAAUUCAUUGCUUAAUUAUUUGAAAUGUAUUGUACAAAAGCAAUUAGUUUAUUAUAAUAAAUGUUAGUUUUUA